AUGCCGACCAGUGAGCAGAGAGAACAGGAAUGGGUUGCCAAGAAAGAAGCGAUUCAUCAACUGCAGAAGGAUAAAAUUGGGCACAAGUGUGAGCGAUUGAAGAACUUGUCUGAAUUGAGACGCAUGAAAGAAUGUCACAUAGAUGAUCCUCGCCAGAACAAGAUGAUGAAAGUUCGUGAUGUGGGAUAUGAGCAACUCUCUUUCCUCGAGGCAGCUAAGAAGUACCAAAAAAAAUUUUAUGAUGAUGCAGAGAAUAAAUCCCACUCAUUCCCGAAUGAAUGCCUAUUAAAAAAUAGAACAGAAGAGAUCCUGCUUAGGGAAUUCGAUGAAACAGAGUCAGGAAGAGAAAGAAAGAGGAUUCCCAAACAGUACGAGGCAGUGGCCAAGGUUUUCAAUGUUGUAAAGGAACAAUUUUGUAACACUCCUAGUUUUGUGUCAUGGGAUUACGAUUUCGACACGACGAUUUACAGAGCGAUGGGGGUUACUGGAAAGAAUAAGAGGGAGAAAAAGAAAGCACGAUUUGAAUGGGAAAAGGAGGGUUUCAAAUUCUUGCCAACUGAGCAAGACGUGUGCUUAAUUGCCUUGAAUGGCAACUGUGUUCUUUUCCUCGUUUUCGAAGUGAAGAGCCUAGAGAGAGCUUCCAAUCUCACUGCUUUGCUGAAUAAAAAAACUGGAAAAGCUGAAGAUCAACUCUUCAAGGGCGAACAAAUUAACGAAAAGAUUUUCGGAGCGAUGGCUUUUUCUCACACUUUCCACUGUAGCUUCAUCGCAUUCCCUUUCCUAUCAAGAAGUGAUGUGAAAGAUUCUCUGGGCUGUGACUGCGACAAGCACAUUCUCACGGAAGACGAUCUGCAAUCCUGUGCUACUUUCAGGAGGUUUCUCAAGAAUAAUGGAAUUACUCUGCUGGGGCAGAAUACACAAGAUCCAUCAGCCAAGGCGUGCUAUUUGGACAUGAUGCAGACUUACGUCGCUGCUUCGGCAUCCAUCUCAGACUUGCCAAGGACAACGGCAGAACUCCAUCAGCGCAUCGAUGGAAGCAUGAAUAAAUCCUUGCUUCUCCUCACACUGCAUCAAAAGGAAAUCCUAUGGAAAGAUCAGAAAGUCUUGUUCUUAGCCGGUGGGCAAGGUACAGGGAAGACCUACCUGUUCCUCAAGAGAGCUGAAGAACUGGCAAGCAAUGGUGCAUCUGUCAUCAUCGUUAACAUGUCUGAUGGAAAACUAACUAGUUACAUUAAAGACAACGUACCUAAGAGCCUGUGGAUUGCUUGGCGCCACAGUGAUGCCUCCUACCAAGAAGCGCUUCAUCUGCAGAAAGUAAUUGAUGCGUUGGGUGAAGACAAGGUGGAGGUGCUAACAGAGAUAAAACGGUGCACCCACUAUAUCGGCGAAUUCUUUGUAGCAGUUACCCGCUUCAUUCGAAAAAGGUUCCCAUGUGCAAGUUUACUACCUAUGGAAGGCUUAAACUAUAGUCUCGAUGAAAUGGACGACAUGCAUGAGUCCAACACCCCAGUCAUCAUCACAGCUCCUCCGGAGUACAAAUGGGUGUAUCUAUGGGCUCCAACGGCUGCUGUGGAAAUUGGCCGAUACAUGGAAGAUUCCUUGCCAUUCAUCGUUAUUACGAGAACAAACCGGGAAAGAGAUACUCUGGUAAGAGAACUCGACGAUACAUUCCAAGAAGGAGUCGCCUUCUUGGACUCCGAAGGAAGACUUCGAGGAGCAACCUCACCGGGUUACCUCAUAUUCCAUCAAGAGCAAGUGACUGGCCUGGCAUUCGAGAACCUCGUUCUUUUGGAUGAUGAAACUGAAUGUUACCACUCUUGGUCUAGGAUGGUGUGCAUGGCUCGACGAUCUCUUCAUGUCAUUACGACGGAACCUCACCUGUCUAGCCGCUGGAAAGAAUCUCAGCACCUUGGUCUUGUAUGCUCCAUCUCUUUCAGAAAACGUGAUCCGCCCCCCUCGAGAGUUUCAUUAAAUGAACCCAAGAUCCUGAACGAAUCUGCUUAUGGAGAGGUUGGAUGCUCUUGGAAGCUUGAAUCAAUUGGAAUCGCUCUGCCAGGCUUUGUGGGUUCUUCUAAUACCGAUCUCGAAAAUGAACUUCAUUCCACAAUUAAGCAAGAUAAUGAAAACACCGCAGAAACGCAGGUCCAUGAUAUCCACGACCUUCUGAGAGGGCAUGGACUCGACGAUAAAAUUGCCCUUUCUCCUCGAGUUAUCGGAGAACUUCUUGGGAGAAUGCUAGAAGAGUGUAAAAACGAAGGACGAAGACUCCACAUAGCCUUUGAUGAUGCCCCUGUUCAUCAGCUGACAAUGCCACAAGAAACGGAUGAAUGGAGGGAAGAAUGGGAAUCCAUUCUUCGAUCCCUCAUAUCGCGACGGCAAGAUUCAACAUUCGACAACUCCGAAGGCGCAGAAUCAAAUGACUCAGAAGACUUACUCGGCUCUCUAAACAUAGCCUUCUUGCCAUAUGUCCAAUAUCAGACAACCACCUUCAACGUAAAAAAGUUCCAGAAGGACCUGCAACUCCCCACAGGGACAGUUAUGCUUCCGAAGAUAUUGUGGCCCCAGGGAAGAAUGGCGGCGCCCUUGUGGCAGCACGCUUUCCUUUCCUUCCCUCGCUUUCCUCGCUUCCUCUUUCUCUAUCUUCUCACUCCUGCUGUGAUGUUUCCUAUUGUGCGCGAGAGUGCUCCUUCUACAUAUCGGCAGGUAUCCAAACAAGAACUUCUCGCCCUAAAGUUCAAGGCCUCACAGAAUAUUCACCCAGACAUUGCUGCCAUCCUGAAUGAUCUUGGCAUAGGCCCACGCAGGCCGAACUCCAAGGCAAAGAUAGACAGCCCAAGAUCAAUGCAGCGCAAGAACAAGAACAAGAAGAAACCUAGGCCUAGAGGCAAACGAGGAGGUUUCUGGAACAAACUGAAGCAGAGCUCUCCCGAGAGUCUCAAAAGACCUGCAAUGCUGUCAGCCAAGGUACAAAGCCUUCCACCAAAAAUAGGCCUACUAGCAGACAUUCUGCGAAGAAGCCCACCUGCACAUCUAACUUCAGCAUCAGACUGGGUGCACGACCACAUCGUACUUCCAUACGGAGAUAACAGCGAAGUCUUCAUUGCUGGUGACCUGAACAGGGCACCACUCGAAAAGCUGCUAAUACCAGCUGGUUUCAGGAAUCUGGUAAGGUUUCCCACACGCAUGGACAGUUGCCUGGAUCAAGUCUGGACCAAUGCAAGUGGUUGUCACUUCAUCUCCAAGAAACUAGCAAGCAUAGCUGAUCACAGCACCAUCCUCAUCUGCCCAAAACCUCUACUACAGAAAGACCAUGGCCAAAAGCAUACCAGAAACAAGCCUACCCGCAAGAGGAAACUCCUAGAUAGUGACCGCCUGAACUUUGAACUUCAAUGCACUGACUGGAGUGUCCUCCUUGACACUGAAGACCUCGAUCAGCUCUGCCAAGCGCUGAUCGAGGUCUUCCCCAUCAGAUAG